CUUUAUUGGUGUACCGGGGUGAUUUUUUGAUCACUUAAAUCUAAAUCAAAUUAACCGCUAGCCAAUUCAACUCCCAGUCCAACACCAUAUUCAAUGGAUCUAAAAGGUAUAGAUCAUUCGGAAUCCAUCAAGUCAGACUCGGUGUACUCUGGAAGUACCGGCGCCACUCCUGCGUCGCUGGCGUUCGAUGAUGAACAGCCCAAUUUCGAGGUUGAACAAGUUCAACUUCAGUUUGACCUAAAUAACUCCCUUGGCCAAUUGAAGGUCCAAAAUAACAUCAUGUAUCUUAUAUCCAAUGAAUUCUUGUACAAAAUUGAUCUUGAAAACCCGUCAGAAGUCAAACUGGUUCCCUUACCAACACCUUUUUCCGAUAGUAACCAGGUUACAAAUAGCUGGGUCCAUCCAAACGGAUUACAUUUAAUCAUUCAAGUUAAUCAUAAAUACUACUAUUAUUUGCAUAAGUCUUACUCAAAGUUUAAGAUAAUUUCCCGUUUCAAAAAUUUAAAUAUCCAAUUCAUAACUUUCCCGUACGAUCUAAAUGCCUCUUCUUAUGAAAAUACUACCGGGGAUUUCUUAAUUGGUUCUAGUGACGGAACAAUUUAUAUCGCCUUAUUGAAAGCUCACGAUCCUUUCACCCAAGAAAACAAAAGAGAUGAUAAGUACAUCAAGCAAGUUUAUAAGUAUUCGCUGUCAUCUUCAAAUCCAAAUCGUAUAGCUGGUCUUACAUUUACUAAUAAUAUUCAAAUCAAUUUGGUUAUUGAUAAUCAAUUAUUAACUUGGGACUGCUUUGAAACUUCGUAUUCGGAACUUGUCAAAGUGUUCAAGAUCCCCCCACGUAUCUCGUCAUUACCUUCUUCUUCUUCACCUUCUUCUGCAUCUACUAAAUCUUCCUCCUCCACAAUGACAAAUAAUCCAUCUAAUAAAAUCAUUUUUGAUUCUACUUUGAAAAAUUAUAACAUUGUUAUUCCUUCAUCUAAAAAGAUUCAAUCAAAUGACCCUGAAUUCAUGUUAUCUCAAAGCGAAUCCUUGAAUAUUGGUAAUUAUAGUCUUUCUUCUUCAAGAGACUCUUUUAUUUCCACAAAUCAUCAUUUCAUUUUUUUAAAUAAUUUGAAAAAUUCCUUGGUUAUUUUGAAUAAAUUAUCCAAUUCGGACCCUUUAAUCAUCAAUCUUUCUUCUAAAGUUAAUCCUGAUGAAAAAAUUUUGGGCUUAAUAGCUGAUAACUUAGCCUCCACUUAUUGGUUAUACACCAAUAACAACAUUUAUGAAAUCAUCAUUUCUAAUGAAUCAGUUUCGGUCUGGUUCAACUAUUAUAAACUAGGUAAUUACGAAGAAGCAUUGAAAUGUCUUGAUGCUCAAGAAGUUAGUAAUCCUUUUAAAAAAGACAUGGUCUUGAUAAAACAAGGUUAUGAUUACUUACAGAAAGGUGGCUUUGGAGUCGAAUACUCAAAUGAAGAAUUCGAUUCUGACUUGUUGGCUUCUCAAAUAAAAGGUAUUAGAGUUUUGGCUGAACUGUCUGAACCAUUUGAAAAAAUUUGUCUCAUGCUUUUGAAUUUGCAGCAAUCUUUAUCGUCAAAACCAAAAUCAAGCCCAACUUAUAUGUCAGAAACUUUGUUGAUUGAAUAUUUAAUGGUGAAGUUUAACCUAUCGGUCAAAAUUGAGAAAAAUAGAAUUAGAAGUAUUGUUUUAUCUAGUUGGAUUGUGGAACUCAUGCUAAGGGUUCUUCAUAACCUACAAACAGAAAUUAAUAGUAUAACCGUUAAUAACAAAAAGGAAGAAGAUUCUCAUGAUGGUGAUUCUAAAACAUUAUCGAACAAAACUAACCUAUUUGAAUCUUUGGAUAAUCAACUUCAAUUUUUUUUAAAUGAAAAUUUCAAGAUCUUAGACGCUAAAACAAUCUACCAAAUCAUGAAAGAACUUAAUUAUCCUUCUAAAUUAAUUGCUUUCGCUGAUUUGAUCAAAGAUUAUGAAUUCAUCUUAAAUUACUAUAUCGAUAUAAGUAAUUGGGAUCAAGCAUUACAAACAUUAAUAAAAAUUUAUAAAGCUAAACAUGAGGAUUCAAAAGAAGUCAUUUAUAAAAAUUCAACUGUGUUGUUGGUGAAUGAACCAAAACUUACAAUUGAGACCUGGCUUAAAUUUGAUGACUUAGAUUAUACAAAGCUUUUACCAGCAAUUUUAACCUAUAAUAAAAACAACAAGUCAAUUCCUUUAUUUGAAAACCAUACCAUUCAUUUUUUACUGAAGGUAAUAUUCGAAAGAGGUAUUAAAAAUGAAUUUAUAAUUAACUACUAUUGCUCAUUGUUGAUUACUUAUCCGGUGUCAUCUUCACAGACCUCUCAAUUAAUUACCAAACAAUUGCUUAAAGUCUUGACGUAUAUCAAAAAUGAAACGAUUUCCAAGAAAAAUCAAGUUUAUGAUUCAGAUUUAAUUCUAAGACUCUGCUUACGUUAUGAACAAUAUCAUCCUGCAAUUUUAAUUUUAAUGAAUGAUAUGACCUUAUUCGAGCAAGCCUUAAGACUAGCACUUAAGCAUGACUUAACUGACUUGGCAGAAUUGGUUUUGAAGCGUCAUGAUGAAUACGUUUCCAAUGAACUGGACUUAAAAGAUCAUGAUGAUUACGAAUUCAUUUAUAAGAACACUGACGCGGAGGAAAAUAUUGAAUAUGUGGGGAAAAUAAAAUUAGAGGAAGAAAGUUUCAGUUCAAGGAAAAAGCUUUGGAUGUUAUUUGCUAAGCAUUUAAUCGAAGGCAUUUGCAAUGGGAAGUCUUAUAAAAUACUAGAUACAAUUGAUGGUAUACAUGACUUUGAUGUCUUGAGCACUGACAAAGAUACCGAAAAGACUUUGAGCGAUCAGGAUAGUGUCAAAGAUAUAACCAAUAACUUAUUACAGUCCUUAACUGGAGACUCAUCGAAAGAUCGAGAACUUUUAACCCAGAAUGAACAAUCCAAGUUGAAUAAAGUUUUGAAGUAUUUGUUGAACUCCUCAUAUUCAAAUAAAGCUAACUCCAAUGUUUUGUCUUUGAAAGACUUGUUACCUCUUUUCCCUGAAUCCAUCAUGAUUAAUAAUUUCAAGGACGAAAUUGUUUCCUCUUUAAAUCAAUAUAAUAAUAGAAUCAACCAACUUACACUAGAAAUGCAAGAGUCAUCGAAGAUUGCCCAUCAAUUGAAAGAACAAAUCAAGGAUUCAACUUCUAAUCACAACAAGGGCAAGAUCUACACUAUCAUCGAACCUGGUGAAUCAUGUAAGCUUUGUCAUAACUUAUUGAUCGAUAAAAACUUUAUCUGUUUUGCAAAUUGUCACCAUAACUUCCACAAAGAAUGUCUUGUGAGAUACUAUCUCAAACUGAAGGGUGACUACCGGUUCAAGAAGGUGUUCCAAGAUUUCAAAAGAAACUCUUCGGUUGCAAAUAAAAAAGAAGUUGACGAUAUAAUGUUGAAGGAUUGUGUUUUAUGUAAUGAAAGUAACAUCAAUACCAUUGACACGAACAUCAUUGAUUUGAGCUCAGACCGAGAAAAGCUCAGCGAAUGGGUUUUAUAGACUGUUUAGUGUUGAAAUAUAGACGUUGGUUAUAUACUUUUCUUUUGCAGACCGGGUUGUGUGCAGGAG